AUGCCGACCCAGAGAGACAGCAGUACCAUGUCUCACCCGACCGCAGGCGGCGGCAUUGGGGACCAUUCUCACCAGGUCCGGGUGAAAGCCUACUACCGCGGGGAUAUCAUGAUAACACAUUUUGAACCUUCAAUAUCCUUUGAGGGUCUUUGUAACGAGGUUCGAGACAUGUGUUCUUUUGACAACGAACAACUGUUCACCAUGAAAUGGAUAGAUGAGGAAGGAGACCCAUGUACAGUAUCAUCUCAGUUGGAGUUAGAAGAGGCCUUUAGGCUUUAUGAGCUAAACAAGGAUUCUGAACUGUUGAUUCAUGUAUUCCCUUGUGUACCAGAACGUCCUGGAAUGCCCUGUCCAGGGGAAGAUAAAUCCAUUUACCGACGAGGUGCACGCCGCUGGAGAAAGCUUUACUGUGCAAAUGGACACACUUUUCAAGCCAAGCGUUUCAACAGGCGUGCGCACUGCGCCAUCUGCACUGACCGGAUUUGGGGACUUGGACGUCAAGGAUAUAAGUGCAUCAACUGCAAGCUCCUGGUGCAUAAGAAGUGCCACAAACUUGUCACCAUUGAAUGUGGGCGGCAUUCUUUGCCACCGGAACCAAUGAUGCCCAUGGACCAGUCAUCCAUGCACUCAGACCAUGCACAGACAGUAAUUCCAUAUAAUCCUGCAAGUCAUGAGAGUUUGGACCAAGUUGGUGAAGAAAAGGAGGCAAUGAACACCAGGGAAAGUGGCAAGGCUUCUUCCAGUUUAGGUCUUCAGGAUUUUGAUUUGCUCCGAGUAAUAGGAAGAGGAAGUUAUGCUAAAGUACUGUUGGUGCGACUGAAAAAAACAGAUCGUAUUUACGCAAUGAAAGUUGUGAAAAAAGAGCUUGUCAAUGAUGAUGAGGAUAUUGACUGGGUACAGACAGAGAAGCAUGUUUUUGAACAGGCGUCCAAUCAUCCUUUUCUAGUUGGGCUGCAUUCUUGCUUUCAGACAGAAAGCAGAUUGUUCUUUGUUAUAGAGUAUGUUAAUGGAGGAGAUUUAAUGUUUCAUAUGCAACGACAAAGAAAACUUCCCGAAGAGCAUGCCAGAUUUUACUCUGCAGAAAUCAGUCUAGCAUUAAAUUAUCUUCAUGAACGAGGGAUAAUUUAUAGAGAUUUGAAAUUGGACAACGUGUUGCUGGACUCUGAAGGACACAUUAAACUCACUGACUAUGGCAUGUGUAAGGAAGGAUUACGGCCAGGAGAUACAACUAGCACUUUCUGUGGUACUCCUAAUUACAUCGCUCCUGAAAUCUUAAGAGGAGAAGAUUAUGGUUUCAGUGUCGACUGGUGGGCUCUUGGAGUACUAAUGUUUGAGAUGAUGGCAGGAAGGUCUCCAUUUGAUAUUGUUGGGAGCUCCGAUAACCCUGAUCAAAACACAGAGGAUUAUCUUUUUCAAGUUAUAUUGGAAAAACAAAUUCGCAUACCACGUUCUUUAUCUGUAAAAGCUGCAAGUGUCCUGAAGAGCUUCCUCAACAAGGACCCAAAGGAACGAUUGGGUUGUCAUCCACAAACAGGAUUUGCUGAUAUUCAGGGACACCCAUUCUUCCGAAAUGUUGAUUGGGAUAUGAUGGAGCAAAAGCAGGUGGUACCUCCGUUUAAACCAAAUAUUUCUGGGGAAUUUGGUUUGGACAACUUUGAUUCUCAGUUUACUAAUGAACCUGUCCAGCUCACACCUGAUGAUGAUGACAUUGUGAGGAAGAUCGAUCAGUCUGAAUUUGAAGGUUUUGAGUACAUUAAUCCUCUCUUGAUGUCUGCAGAAGAAUGCGUCUGA